GCUUCGUCUCGGCGUGCAUCUCAUUGCAAGAUUUCGUACAUAUGUACGUUGGGUUAGGUACUUACGCUACUUACAUGUGCGUGUACAUAGGUACCUACCAAAAGCAACAAGGCAGGCACAUAGCACCAGAACGACUGUAUCUACCCGCCGAAACAUUGAACAUUGAUAACGUCAUAUAAUUGCGCAUGGAAUAAUCGACGGUCUAAAUCAUUGAAAGUUCCGACUUCUCCCCGCCAUCUAGAUAUUCUUAUCUACUACCAUAGGUACCAGGUACUUACCUAUUACCUACAACUAUUGCCCCGAACAGUUACCCCGAGCAAACAAGUAUCUAUCCAACGAUUCCAGUCCAAUCUUUUCCCCCUUCCUCCUCUUAUAUACGCAGACGAAUAAAUUCAAUUCGUAUUAUAUAGGCAAGAGGUGGUAUUGCGAAUCAUCCCUUACCGAAAAAACAGCCGUAACGGCUAUAUAAUCGCCGUGGCGCUUUCGAAUUGGUAGAGUAACGAUGAAAUACGGGGAACACUUUGAAGAAGAGUCGGUCCCGAGCUGGAGUCUGCAUAAUAUCGACUACAAUUCGCUGAAGCACCAGAUCAAGGUGCACACCACUAAAGACCAGGCAACCGCAAUUGCUAUCCCUGGCCAGCAGGACCAUGCCCUGAAGAGAUUUGAGGACGCCUUCUAUAUCGAACUCUGCAACCAGCACAAUCGCGUUGGUCUCUUCGUUACGAGCAAAGCCGACGAGAUCUCAAGACGACUAUGUCACCUCUCCGACUCGAUACACCAAGUCAUAGUACGAUGUAACAACGACGGUGGAGUGUCGCCUAAGCGGCAACGACGACUCGCUAAAUACGCAUUACAAGUUGACGAGUGCGACGACGACAUUAAGGCAUUGAGCCGAUUUGUCAAUGCCCAGGUUAUCGCGUUCCGCAAGAUACUCAAGAAAUACAGGAAAUGGACUGGCUCGACAACGUUAAGUAGUCGUUUUAAAGAGAAUAUCCUCAUGUCACCCAAGAGCUUCACGAGGCGCGACUUUCAUCCCUUACGACUACAUCACCGAGAGUUGCUCGCCACCUUAGAUGCCGCCACUCCCGACCUGAACUCCCUCCAGAUCGAGCGCCAGAAAGUGAAGUUGCGAUUCGAACAACGCGCCGAGAGUCGCCGAUCUUCGCAGACACAAUCCCCGAAACCUGCAUCCAUUAAUACGCCAGGCGGUUCGUCGAUGACGUAUUGGAACGAGUACGACCACGGGAGCGAGGCGGGUGAUCACGACGAGGAACGGGGAUACGCAAUCUAUAUCGACCCGAACGCGAGCGUCGACUUCCCAGGCUUUGUGUAUAUCAAAAUGAUUUUCACUGUCCCGGUAGACAAGGUUCGGCACUGGCUGAAAACGCGCACGCCACAUCUGUAUUCAUCCGAGACGCAAUCGCUUCUCAGCAGCCCUUCGCCUGAUUACUUCAGUACCCGGCAUUCAACUGCACAUACGACCGAUAACGAAGCGACCGAAGACGAGUACGCCUCGUCGCUAAAUUCUAGCGUCGGUCGCCAGAAAGGAGCACGCUACGCCGCAUUGGCGGCGACAGAAGAACAGAACGACUACCAAGUGACCUUAUACCGCGAUAAGGUGCUAACUCAAACCGUGGUAUUCACUUUCGUUGCUGCUUUUAUCCUCUUACUUGUCUCUGGGGUAUUGGUAGCAACAGGCCGGCAUAAGCUUCGACUCGAAGUCGACGCCGGCGUUACGGUCGGAUCCGUAGCAAGUUUGUUCUGCGCCUGCAUGGGCUUAGGUGCCAUGUUAUAUCGUCAGUACCCCGUCAGCAUUCUGUACAGUAUUGCAGUCUGGACCGCGUUCAUGGCUGUGUGUGCCCUGAAUGGCAUGUUGCUUGUAUUAGUAGUGGGGAGUAACGGGUUAUGAAAGUAACCAAUCGCCACCAAUUGAUUUUGGCCUCGGCUGGGAUUUGUCUUACGUUAGGUGUUUUGUGGCGUUCUGUGGGGUGAUGUAUUAGAGAGGGACGGGUAUACCUCGCAUACACGAGGUUACAUACCAUGGUACAUAUGUGUACUCUCGCCUUACCACUGUGAGGUUUUGGGGAAAUAGGGGGGGUAUAAUAGAGAUUGCUAUCGGAGGGCUAGGCUCAUCCAGAACGUAAGGUCUCGUUUCUUCAACGGGUUCACGUUUUUCCUAUCCAUAUUGCGUUAUAUGCUUGUUUCGAAGCGGCACGAUACCAUACAUAGAUUUCGGGUUCGCGAGCCUGUUCGUAGGUAGCUGUUUGAUUUUAGGGAAACGCGAUUAUGUUGCGGCUCGCUGCCGCUGCCGCUGCCGCUGGUGCAAUUUGCAUUUGUACAUGAGUACCUAGGUUAGGUAGGCAUCAAUAAAAUAUUAUUACGAUA